CUAUGAAGCUCAUCAUCUCGUUGCAAAACAUCAUCUCAUUUCAGGAAGAAUAUGGGUGGAUCCAUGCAGCUCCAUAGACUUUCCUUGAGAGCUGUGCUGUUGUUGUGCUCAUUGGUGGCUCUAUUCUCAGUAGUUACAGCGGAUGUAGUCCAAACAACAAAGCCCGGAUGCGCGAACAGAUGUGGCAACCUCACCUUCCCGUACCCAUUCGGGAUGAAUGAUGCCGGCAACGACUGCUACUUCAAAGAAGAAUCAGAGUCUUUCCUCAUCUUUUGCAACGACUCGACUGAUCCUCCCACUCCUCGUAUGUACAGUAAAGAUUCUAAUUUCCGAGUACUCGAUAUAUCUAUGGAGAAUCAUGAGAUUAGUGUAACAGUGUUUGUAGCCAAAGAUUGUUAUACUUCGUCUGGUACAUUCUUGAGAAAGAAUCAUCCUCACUUCUCUCUUCCCAAAUUCCCCAUAUCUUCUGCCAAGAACAAAUUUAUCGCCGUGGGAUGCGACACGUACGCGACCUUCAGCGGAAGCACGUAUGUGACGGGGUGCUUGUCCUCAUGCCACAGCGUCUUGGACGUGAUUAAUGGGUCGUGCUCGGGCAUCGGUUGCUGCGAGACUAGCAUUCCUCGAGACGCCUACCGAUACAACAUCUCUGUCACUAGCUACAACAAUCAUCGCGGCAUCUCUGAAUUCAAUCCGUGCGGAUACGCUUUCGUUGCCCAAGACGGCUUCUUUAACUUCUCUACGGACAAUCUGCGCGAGCCGCCAUUUGAUAUGGUCCCUCUAGUUGUGGAUUGGUUAAUUCCAAAUAAAACAUGCGAUGAUGCAAAGAAGAAUACAGCGACCUACAUGUGCCAAGAGAACUCCAAUUGUACAGAUGCUGAGAAUGGAAAGGGCUACCAGUGCCACUGCUUGAAGGGUUUUCAAGGGAACGCCUAUCUCCAAAAUGGUUGUCAAGAUAUCAAUGAAUGUGUGAUUUUACAACCCUGCGUUGGAAUAUGUACGAACUUGCCGGGAACGUAUAAUUGUUCAUGUUCGAAGGGAUCCCGAGGAGAUGGAAAAAGAUGGCAACGGUUGUACUCCUACAAAGAGGUUUCGCUCAAUGGACAUCGUGCUAGGCGUGAGCAUAAGCUUCCUGCUGGUUCUUUUGGGCGUUUCCUGGUUAUAUUGGGGGCUUCGAGAAAGAAAAAUCAGCAGACGGAGAGAGAAGUUCUUCCUAGAAAAUGGGGGCCGCCUUAUGUUGCAGAAAAUUCUUUCUGAGCGCGAAGGCUCCAUUGAAUCGGCGAGAAUAUUCACCGAUGAAGAGCUCAAGAAGGCCACGGACCACUACCAUGAAAGCCGAA